AUGUUUGAGGCAAGAUUACAUCAGAGCUCAUUCUUACUUAAAAUUUUGGAAGCCAUUAAAGAAUUAUUGAAUGAAGCAACAUUUCAAUGUACACAAAAUGGAAUCCAGUUACAAGCUAUGGAUACUUCCCAUGUCAGCCUAAUAUCUCUAUUUUUAAGCCAAGGUGGUUUUGACAACUAUAAAUGUGAUCGAAACAUUUCCUUGGGCAUUAACCUUUCUAGUAUGCUAAAAAUAAUGAAGUGUGCAGGAAGCGAUGAUAUAUUAACCAUAAAAAACCAUGAGGAACCAGACAGUAUCACAUUUAUUUUCGAAUCACAGAGUUAUGAUAAAGUAUCUAAUUAUCAACUGAGAUUAAUGAAUUUAGAACAUGAACAUCUUGAUAUACCUGAAACUGAUUAUGCUUGUGUUAUGAAAAUGCCUUCGAGUGAGUUUGCACGUAUUUUCAAAAUGUUACUGCAAUUUGGAGAAACGGUCGAGAUAUCAUGUUCAAAAGAAGGUGUUAAAUUUUCUACCUCUGGAGAUCUAGGAUCAGCUAACAUAAAAUUAGCUCCAAACAACACCACAGAUUCAGAUAAAGCAGUAUUUAUUGAAAUUCAAGAACCUGUUGUGGCUACAUUUGCGAUCCGCUAUCUUACUUUAUUUGCCAAAGCAACACCUCUAGCUUUGAGGGUACAACUGUCAUUGAUGCCAGAUUCGCCACUGCUAGUGGAAUAUCAAAUAGGAGAUAAAGGACAUUUGAAGUAUUACUUAGCUCCUAAAGUUGAUGACUAA